UGCUGGACAGGCAGGAUGCACCUCUUCACCACCAUCACCAUCACCAUCACCUUGCUAUGCUUCACUGCUCUCCUCACCACCACCACCGCCGCCACCACCACCACUACUGACGAAGGGAGGGCAGCGCGGUUCCUGGGUCUCAUCACCACGACGCGGGUCACACAGCUGGCCACCACCACCAUCACCGCCCUCUCCACCUGUUUCACGGCAGCCACCAAUGCGCCGGUGUGUCUGGGGCGGCGGCGGCGGCUGGCGGUGAAGACUUUAGCAAGCAUAGGCAGAGACGAGGCAAGCGAGACACCAGGAUUAUUUGGAAGCCUGGUAGAGGAUGAAGGAGCGACGCCACAAGAGGAGGAGGAGGAGGAGGAGGAGAGCAGGAGGGAAGGAAGACUAAGAUUCACCAUAUGGAAAUCAAGCUUCACCACAUUGACAGUCACCAGCACGUCAGCUCUCUCCGGCACGACCAUCACCGCCUCUGCUCUCUGUGUCACGCCGGGAUUCUCUAGCACCUGUUUCCUGGAUACACUAUUAUUCAAGGUUAGUGACUCCAUCGUCUGCAGGAAGUGGAUAAACGUGCUUCAGAUGGCGCCAGCGGGCACUAAGACACUACUGGUGAUAACAGUGGCGUUGGUGAUGCUAUGGACUCACGUCGCUGCUGUCACCACCACCUCCAACCCCUCCACCCCCUCCACCAUCGCCACACCGUCAGAGGAGCGUGUGGGGGAGCAGAGAAGGGCGGAGAGACUGCUUGCUUUCUACACGACCACCUCAGUGAAGCUUCUGGCCACGACAACCAUCAGUGUGCCCUUCACUUGCCUCUCCACUAACCCUGGCUCCGAACCUUGUAAUGGCCGGAGGAAGAGAGCCCUGUGGAAUGACAUGGCAAUUCUGCAGGAUAUGUCUGGCGUUGAGCUGGUGGAUGGGAGCGAGGGAGACGAGAGCGAGGUGAAGGAGGAAGGUGGAGAGAGGGAGGGCAGGAGGCUAACUAUCUGGUCCACUGUGCAAUCCACUCUCACGCUCACCUCCACCUCCUACCUCGCCGGCACCACCAUCAGCGCCACCGCCUUCUGCCUCACUGCCGGAAUCGCCGAAAGCUGUUUUGGUUAAUUAUGUUGCUAGUCUCCUCUUCUUCUUCCUUCCCCUUCUUCUUCCUUUGUCUUGUUCUUCUUUAGUUUCUUCUAUGCUGUCCUAUCCUCGUUAUUGCUUUUAGGUUUAUUUCUUUUCCUUCUUCUUCUUCCUUCGUCAUUAUCUUUUUCUCGUUCUUCUUCAAUUUCUUUUUUAAUCUCUUGUUUUCCUAUCCUCUUUAAUGGGGUUAGCUUAUUUUUGUCUUCUUUUC